UUCGCAUCAGGGGAUAUAUAUCCGUGAAGUUUGGGCUUUGCAGUUGCGAGAAAGAUCUGAUAGAAACCUAACGAAAUUCCAUGUGGCUGCUCUCCAAUUCGGGCUGAAACCGAACUCAUCUCCCAUCCAGGAACAUCCGCUCAUCAAACCUCACCUUCCCUUAAAUUUUGGGAUUGUCACUUCACUUCGCAUCUUCAUCUCUAUCACCAUCUUAGCCAUUCAUGUGGACAUCCCAUGCAACUAAUUGAUCAUAUAUUGUAUAAAAAAUUGUAUAUAUAAAAUGAUGUGGCGCGUUAACGAUCAUACAUUGAAACCAAAACACGCCAUAAAAUGAGUUAGAAUUACAAUCAAUCGAACUGUUACGGUAUGAACUAUAUUUUCUGGGAAAUAAUCCAUAAGAAUAUCAAUUUUCACGAGUAUAUAUACAGAGGUGAGGCCAUUCGGUUGGGUUAAUGUUGGAGUUGGGUGUUGAAAGGAGAGUGUAAAUGACACUGGUAAGAGAGAGGAGGCACCAGCAAGCUCUAAGGCUAUCCCUGCCGCCCCCUGUCCCAGCAGCCGACUUCCGUCGCCGGAGUCCACUCCCAUCGCCGCUCUCGUCGACGUCUUCGAACUCCCCGGGCAUCACCAACCUGUUUGAGCUCGAGAAACUGGCGGUCCUCGGCCACGGGAACGGGGGCACGGUCUACAAAGUUCGGCACACGUCCACGUCGUCGAUCUACGCGUUGAAAGUCCUCCGCUUGGACGAGGAUGCGGUGGCGGUCCGGCAGCAGGCGGCCCGGGAAGCGGAGAUUUUGAAGCGAGUGGAUUCCGAGUUCAUAGUGAAGUGUCAUGCGGUUUUUGAUAAUGGGUUGGCUGAUGCGGAUUGCGCCGGGAGUGAGCUUUGCUUUGUGAUAGAGUACAUGGAGGGAGGAUCGCUCGAUGAUUUGCUGCGUAGGCGGCGGAAGCUGCCGGAGGAGGCGAUUUCCGGCUUGGCGACGCGGGUGCUGAAAGGGCUAAACUAUCUGCAUGAGAUGCAGAUAGUGCAUGGAGAUAUCAAACCCUCAAAUCUACUGAUAAACGGCGAAGGAGAGGUGAAGAUUGCAGAUUUUGGGGUGAGCAGAUUUGUGGAAGGGAAAUUUGAAUCCAGUGAAUCUUUUAUGGGUACAUCUGCAUAUAUGAGUCCUGAAAGAUUUGACCCAGAGAUGUGGAAUGAAGACUUCUCCGAUGGCUUCGCCGGAGACGUUUGGUCGCUCGGAGUUGUGUCGGCGGAAUGCCAUGUGGGCCAUUUUCCGUUGAUAGCGCCGGGGCAGAAACCGGACUGGGCAACGCUAAUGUGUGCAAUUUGUUUUGGGGAAAGGAUGGAGAUACCAGAGACGAUGUCACCGGAGUUUCAGAGCUUUGUGGGGAGGUGUUUGGAGAAGGAUUGGCGGCGGAGAGGGACGGUGGAGGAGCUUCUCAGCCACCCGUUUGUGACAUCAUGUCAUUCUCCGCAAGAGUUGGAAGGUUGAUUACUAAGCGCCCCCCCCCCGCUUUAGUCAUUUCCUUCUAUUUUUGAUAGGUUUUAAUGAGUUUGAAUUAACUUCUCGUACAAGUUUAUUUCGCUAGUUAAAAAGAGGAAAGAUGCGAUAAUUACACUUCGUAAACACAAACAAACAAUUAUGAUAAUUUUUUUUUAUCUAUUAAUGAAUAGAAGUAAUAAAGUGAUGGUUUGUUCCAAGGCAUUGUUUGUUCAGACUUCGUUGUACAAGCAAACCUUCCUUGGAAGGCUGGGAAUGGGAUGGCCCAAAAAUGGCGAGCAAGCAAUGGACGAGGCAGAUAUCUUCCAAAUGUCUGGUUUUAUGCCUCAUCAAGAGUCAAGCAUUGGCCAUAUCAAUAAAACAAAUAAGCCAACAGAGAC